AUGAUGAUUAAAAAUAAAUUGAUCAAGUCGCUAUUCCAUGUUAUUAUUUUUGUAAUUCUAUUCGUAACAAAGACAUGUCAAGAGUAUCGUUCUAUAAGUGGCGAAGGUAAUAAUAAAUUAAACCCAUUAGAUGGUGUUUCGAAAACUCCUUUCAUCAGAGAACUUCCAUCGGAAUCACGAUUCGCGGAUCAAGCUACAUCAAAAAUGAUUUCUACACCGGGGGAAUAUGGGGAAGCUAUUGUUCCAGAUACACUAACUACUUGUAGUGCCCAAUUACCUGCAAAUACUUUUCCUUUGCCUAGAUGUGUUAGUAAUAAAGUGGCUGCUAUGACUUUGAAAGUUGAUGAUUCUUUUAAUUUUCAACUUUUGGAAAAAUUCAAGAGUAAACGGAAAAAUUCACAUAUUUUAACAUAUUGGGCAUUUUUCGUGAGAAUGGAUAUCGUUACUAAUCCCGCUAAUGGGCCGACAUAUUCAGAAGGGAUCUAUAUCCCUCAAGAUGAUAAAGAUUACUUGUCAAGUUACCGAAAUGGCCCAUCCGCCGACACUUUUGGUUAUACUUCGACGGCUUUUCCAUUUAAUCGAUCAGUAGCAGAUGGCGGUCAAACAGGAGUAAACAUGGUCACAUCAUUCCUUGACGCGUCCACGAUUUAUGGUAACAACGAAAUUGAUUUACAAAAAUUUCGUGAUGUUAAUAAUAAUGGAAAGAUGAAAUUGGAAUACCUUGAAACGCCUGAUGGGCAAUUUGGAUAUCCACCUCAAAGUGCGGAUGGUGAAUUAAUUACGGGGAUAACGGCGAAAACAAAGAAUGUAUUUACUGAUAUGUUCGCCACAAUCUUUUUACGUGAACAUAAUCGAUUAUGUGACGAUUUAUUUAAGAUACAUGGAAAUAAUUGGGAUGAUGAAAAAUACUUUCAAGAGGCAAGAAGAUGGGUAAUAGCAUUUAUUCAAAGAAUUACCUAUUAUGAAUAUCUUGGAACUGCAUUGGGAUCCAAUUUACCUCCAUAUAAAGGAUAUAACCCGGACCUUAGGCCCAUCAUUGACACUUUCUUUGCUUCGGUGACAUUUCGAUAUGCACACUCCGAAAUCAGCGAUUUUUAUAAUAUGGUAAAUGAACGUGGAGAUUUACUUUCGGUGUUAUCGUUACACGAUAUAAAAAUGAACGGUCUAUUGACAACUUAUGGAGUUCCAACCAUUGCUCUUUCACUAGCGCUUCAAAUACCAAUAUAUGUGGAUAUUGCUGCAUUAGAUUUGGUUCGAGGUAGAGAUCACGGUAUUCCAUCAUAUAAUGAUGCAAGAGUAGCAUUUGGUUUAUCAAAAAAAUUAACUUGGGCAGAAAUUUCAAGCGAUCCCGAAGUACAAAAAAAAUUAGAAGAAACAUAUGGAACCAUAGAUCGAGUUGAGGCAUUUAUGGGUGGAUUGGCCGAAGAUCACGUUAAUGGAGGAAAUUAUGGGGAAUUAUUUUCAAAAAGUUUUGUUGAAUCGUGGUCAAAGAUAAGAGAUUCUGAUAGAUUUUGGUAUGAAAAUAAAGAUGCAGGAUUUAGCAAGGAUGAGUUAUCAAUAAUACAGAAAACAACAUUAUUACAAAUUUUUGAAAGAAAUACCCCACAAUAUGUAACAUAUCCGCAAAAUCUUUGGUUUGUACAACCGCCUAUUUCAAAAACCAAACCUGAUAAUAAAGAGUUUAAGGGUUCUGAUACGCUUGCUGAUGGAUUUAAUCUUCAAUGGACUGUGGAAGGUUCUGAUAUUACCUUCUUGAUUACAAUGAAUAGUGAAAAUUCAUGGUUCGGAAUAGGAUUUAAUCCUAAUACUGAAGCUGCUAUGUUAGAUACCGAUAUGAUGAUAUUUUACAAUCAAGAUGUCAAUAAUAAACCUAGUGUGGUUGGGAGGAAUUACAAAGGUAUCGGACGUGCAAUUAAACCUAAGGAAUUACCCGAUAAUGAUCAAAUUUUGACAAUAUUGGAUAGUAAGACAAAGGUUGAAAAUGGUAUAACUCAAGUUCUGGUUAAGCGGCCUCUGAAUGCUAAAAAUCGAAAAUCUAUCGAUGGUUCUAUUGAAAUGGUUUACGCUUGGAAUCCUACUUCAAAUGUUUUAACUUUUCAUGCGGGAAAUCGGGGUAAAAAAACAAUAAAUUUCAGAACGGGAGAGACUUCAAACUCAUAUUCCAAACAAAGAAAAUUAUUGUUAAUGCACGGGAUUGUCAUGUUUAUAAUUUGGGGAAUUCUAUUCCCAGGUUCAGUAUGGAUUGUUAGAUAUUUGAGGCAUAAAGACUCAUAUAUGUCGCAACAUCGAAAUUUGAAUCUCUUUGGUGGCGCCAUAGUAGCUACAUUUGGAGCAGUGGCCAUGUCGGCAGUAGAUGUGCAUGCAGCUAGUCCUCAUGCAAUUUUGGGAUUAAUAAUCUUUACGGUUAUGGCAUUUCAAAUUGCCUUAGGUUUAUUGGCGAUUUGGGGAUUGGCUAAUGUCGAAUCAGCAGCUACUGGGGUCGUUCGUCAUUUAAAACAUUUACAUUUUUACUUGGGAGCUGCCGUACUUAUAGCUGCAUGGACGCAAAUAUUCUUGGGAUUGAUUAAAUAUGACGCGGAUAAAGCAUAUAUUUGGACCUAUUUAGCAUGGUUAAUUUUAAUUGGAUUUGUGAUAACCGCAAGCGAAUUUUAUUACAAGAUUAAAAAUAUGCAAUUCUUAUGGCCCGUAAGACAAACCGAUGAUUCAUCGGAACGUAUCCGUGCUUGUAUUCCUCAUAAAUUUUAUGAACAUUUACCCGCCAUAUCAUGGAGCGAAUUUAAUCAAAGGGUUAUGACAGGAGCUAGCCUUGUUAUAGCGGAAGGGCUAGUAUUUGAUAUCCAUAAAUGGAUUCCAAUACAUCCAGGUGGACAAAAGAUCUUACAGCGUGUCAUUGGGACAGAUAUUACCAACGACUUCUUUUUCGAUCCAUCAGUUGUAACAGUGAUCAAUCGGAACUUUAGUAAUGAAUAUGAUGAUAAACAACAGCAGAGUAGCAUAUCAGUACUCACAGAUAACAAUUAUAAGGACAAAAGGCAACAUGAAACGAAGCAUAAACCUUACAAUAUGGCAAAUGCGGUUGACAUGAUUAAUUCUACUGCAUUCAGACAUCGUAGGGUAGCAAUGCACCGACAUUCCAAAUUUGCAACAUCAAAGUUGGCUACUAUGGUAAUAGCAAGGAUCCUGGAUUCCGAAGAAGACAUGAAUAUCAAAGGACCACCAUCAGUAUCAUUACAUAAAUCUGAAUUGUUAUCCGAAUUACCACAUCAACAUUCUCCUCAUAUUUUCCGUCGUUAUAUUUUAACAAAUAUUGAAACAGCAUCUAGAUAUGACGCUGAAAGACCCGUUAAAAAAUUCACGUUUCAAGUUAUCCAUCCAAAAGACAGAUUACCAAGAUUUCUUCCCGGUGAUUAUAUUGAAAUCAUGAGUUAUGCUAAUAAUCAAGUGGCUAUUAGACCAUAUACCCCACUUCAAGGACCAACUGACAAUAGUUUUUGUAUAUUGGUUAAAAUAUAUAAAGACGGUGUCAUGUCUCAACAUUUGAAUCGACAAUUGAGGAAUUUUGAAAUCAAAGUGAGAGGACCGUUUGACAUAGCGGAUAGAGUGUUAAAUGCACCAUAUUCCCCGUCAAUCCAACAAGCGGGCUCAAUAAUUAGUAGACCAUCAUCACCUUCAACAGCAUUGUCACCAAUUCGUGCAUUUUCUACUGGUAGCAAUGUUAGAGGACGCGAUAAUCGAUCAUUUAAUCAACCCUCAUUGAAUAAUAGUGGUAUUGGAAAUAGUAAUAUUGGUGUCGAUAAUAUGAACAGUUUACUUGAUGGUAGGAGUGGAAUAUUAUUAAAUAAAGAAAGAGAUGAUUUAUGUUGGGAACAUUUGUUCAUGGUUUGUGGUGGUACUGGAAUUACCCCAAUGUUACAAUUGAUACAAUAUCACUUGGAUAAAUCGGCCAAUGCAAAUUUCAAUUUAUAUUUAUUAAAUGCGAAUGACACAAUAGCGGAUUUGAUUCAACCAAAGUAUUUAGAUUAUUUAUGUCAAAUACUUAAAGGGAAACUUAAAAUUACUUAUAUCUUAUCGAAACCACCACCAAUUUGGAGGGGGUUAACUGGAAUGAUCGAUGAAACUUUAUUGUAUGAUUGGAUUAGUCAAAAUUAUUCCGCACCUCCACCAGCCAUUCCACCAAGGUUAAGUGUCGCAAGUGGAAGUGGAAGUGUAUUAAGCGCAAGCACCCUUAUAAGCAAUAGUUAUCAACAUCAUCAUACCACAUCAGGUGCGAAUAAUUCGAAUAACAAUCAAUUUCAUGACAUUGUAGAAGUCGUCGAACAUGAUGGCCAAGAUCAGAUUUAUAAUAAUGAUGAGAAUCAAUAUGAUCCACAACAUCGUCGUGCACCUAAUAGAGUAUUACCUCCUCCGAUACAAGUUUCAUCAACACAAUCAUCAUCUAACCCUCGUCCUUAUUCUUCCAAUUCACAAUAUAUACCUUAUUAUUUUUCACCUUUACAUAAUAAUGCAUUAUCACAUCAAACAAAUGAAAUGAUAAUGUUAAACGAACGUCAUAAUUAUAUGAAAUCAUUAUCCACCGAUACUACUCAAAUUAAGUUGAUCGUGUGUGGUAGUAGUCUAUUUAACGAUAAUAUCAGAAAGUGUUUGGAAAAAUUAGGUUUCCCUAUUGAUGAAAAGGCUAUAUUCAUUAAUUAA